AUGCCAUUUCUACAAUCCUUAUCAAACUUCUUUGCUGGUAAUCCGGGUGCCAACGCAUCUUCGUCAAGAGGUGCAAAUAGACGUUCAGUGAUGAACUCCACGAUGGACGCGUUCAGUCUUCCGACUGCUCAAGGGGGAUCAAGAUAUGGAAAUGGUACCGGAUACGGCGAAGGUGGAUUGCCCACUGAUAGCGCUUCAUCAUCUCCUGGUCCAAGUAGAAGAGGAAGCACAGCACAAGGUCUUUAUCCUCCCUCCAAAGAUUCAUUUGCCGGGUCACCGAAUUAUUUCCCCCCUCCUACUCAUACUUUUCACCGACUACGAAACGCCCUUGUCAACUCGUUUCCUGAACUUCUCGAGACGCUCAAUGGACCUGCAAAUCCACAUCUCCUUGCUGAUUUUGAAGCUGAAUUAGGCUGCAGUCUUCCUCGAGCUGUGCGAGAAUCACUAUUAGCAGUGGAUGGACAAGAUCUUGAAGCUUCGUCGAACAUAUCUGGAUCAGGUGGUUUGUUCUUUGGACUACAUUUCUUGCCCCUCGAAGAGAUCAUGCGUGAAUGGUCAUUUUGGAGACAAGCUGAACUUGAUCCAAUGGCCGGAAAUAAUGCAGCUGUCCUAGCCACAAUGGCGAGUGUACCACCCAAUUGGAUUAAGAAGUUAUACGCCUGCAGAGGAUGGAUCCCAUUAUUGAGUGAUCGUACGGGGAAUUAUGUUGGAAUAGAUUUGGAUCCUGGAUCAGGUGGAAGCUGGGGACAAGUCAUCGUCUUCGGAAGAGAUUUCGAUAGGAAAUGCGUUUUAUGGAAAGGUGAUGGUGAAGGAGGUUGGGGUAAAUGGUUAGCUUCUUUUGUUGAAGAAUUAGAAAGUGGAGAAGGAUGGGAAGUGGAGAAAUCAAAUUCUUCAGAUGACGAAGAUGAUAUAGGUUAUGGAAGUUAUAACGGUGGUGGUUCAUAUGGUGAAGCUGGAAAAGGUUUACGACUAGCAGGUGAAUAUAGAGGUUGGAACGUACUCGAAGCUUGGUGGGAUAAAUCAGUCCGGAAAUGGGAGUCUUUAGGUAUGGGCUUGGAUGUAGAAGACAUCGAGAAAGGUAUGGAGGAGGCGAGGGCUUUAGCUGGUUAUCAUGAUACCCCAGGAACAGGGAAAGGAAAAGGAAAAGCUAUUGAAGGUUUGGGUAUAGGAAUGAGAGUUGGUGAAAACGCUGCUCAAGUUGAAAUUCCAGUGCUUGCAUCGCCAUCUAUUCCAGCUGCUCCCGGUACUCCGGUUCCUCAUGAUUCUGAUGUUUUGCUUCCGCCUUCAUCGCCUGAUCAACCACCUAUCCCUAAAAUCCGCCAUCCCAUUCCAUCUGCUAUUCGAAUUAUCACACCUAUCGCACCAGCGAACGACCACCCCCUGAAAGCUACAACUUCCGCUUCAGGAUAUCUAUCUCCCCCGUCAAGAUCCCCGCCUCGUUAUCGCCGUAAAGAACCACUGCCUGUACCAUCGCCAAUUGAUUUACCUACCCGAGCAGAUGUGCAAGCCAUGUCUGCGAUUGCUCAAGCUGAGAAAUCAGGAUUACGAGGCGGAUGGGUUAUGAGCCUGGACACUUCAGCUGGAAAUGCUUCACGUAGAUCAUCCAGAAUCUCACCGAACAGUAAUUCCGAAGCAGAAAUGGUUGAUAUUGAUCUGGAAGGUGGUAAAUUGGAAAGGAUAGGUUCACCAAGGAUGUCAGAUGCUGAAAUGGAGAGACAAAGAGAGGAAGAGAAAUUAGCUUUGGCAGGAUUAGAACAUCGUCGAUCACCCGUCCUGAUGCAACCUUCAAGAACACCUUCGCCUUUAUCUAGAGAAGCUAGUCUCGAUGGAAACAAUAAACCCAACAUUGCUGACACAUCGAAUAUUUAUAACCAAUACGACCAUAACGACCAAACACCAAAAGCUUUCCCAAGAUCAUCAGAAACUCUGGUUUCAGUGCCUCAGAGUGUCAUUGCUGCUACACAAUCAAUAAGAUUACCACCGCGCGCAGCAAACAAUUCAGAGUUGAACAUUAGAACUUUUGUGAACGAAGAUGAACGCGACAGACCUUUGAUUAGAAAUGCUGGUGGUACUUCUUCUAAAGUGACCGCAACGAGACCAGGUAGGAAACAAAGAGAAUUAAGUGUAAUCUCUACCACAUCUCAAGAUGAAUUAUUACUCGAGAGAAGAUCAAACAGUCCAAGUCCAAGUGUGAUGACUACAACAAGUGCCAAUGGAGAUAUGGCGCAAUCACCUAUAACAAUAAGUAUGUCAAGAUCAAAUUCCGAGAAUGAAGGGAGAUUAGCUAGUCCGAUCGUGACUUCAGACAGUGGCAGAGGAUCGUCGAUAGGAGCAGGAUUUAGGAGAGUGGAUAGACCACUAGAAGAGGAUAUGGAGGAAAUUAGUUUAGAUCCUCCGUCAGGAGCGGUCAGAGUAUAG